AUGGUCGACUCGGGCGUAAGAAAAUCUCAACUCUUCUCAGAGUCCAUUCCAUUGAAGUUCAUUCAAGUUGGACCCAAAAGAUACUUCUUAGUCGAGGAUUUCAUGGCUGAAGAAAUUUACAACUUUCCAGUCAAUUCUUCCGACGUCUUUGUUGCUUCAUUUCCAAAAUCAGGUACGACUUGGACUCAGGAAUUAGUGUGGUUACUGGAGAAUGGAUUAGAUUAUGAUACAGCAAAGUCUACAUCACUCGCAAAAAGAUUUCCAUUCCUAGAGAUUUCAAUGUUUCCGGCUAUGGAGAAGCCAAUAUACCCGUUAACAAUUGAUGAUAUACGGAAAAUGCCCUCACCAAGAUAUAUCAAAACUCAUCUGCCGUUAUCACUCUUACCGCUCAAUCUUUUGGAUAAGACAAAGGUUGUUUACAUUGCCAGAGAUCCCAGGGAUGUCGCCAUUUCAUUCUUUCAUCACAAUAGAUUGAUGAGAAUUAUGUCACAAAAUACCGAUUUUAAGACAUAUUGGAACUACUUUAUUAAUAACGAAGUAUUAUGGGCGCCGUAUUUUGCUCAUGUAUUAGAGGCAUGGGAGAAACGUAAUCAUCCGAAUCUGCUAUUUUUAUUUUACGAAGAAUUGUCUAAGGACUUGCCAGCUGUAAUCCGACGUGUGGCGAAGUUCCUUGGGAAGGAAGUGACAGAGGAACAAGUUCAAAAACUGAAUGAACACCUCGAUUUCAAGAACUUCAAAAAGAACAAGACGGUCAAUUUUGAAGAAUUUCAAGAAUCUGGCGUAUUCACAAAAGGUUCAGGUUUUGUGAGAAGAGGUAAGGUUGGAGGUUGGCGAGACGACUUCGACGAAGAAAUGACGGAACAAGCUGAAAAAUGGAUCGCUGACAACCUACGUGGCACUGAUUUUCGUUUUCCACAUUUCUAA